AUGAAAAAAAUACCGGCGAAACGGUCUGGAGACGGGGCUGCUCAAUCAACUGUUUCAUCUUGGCAAUAUUUCGACAGCCUGUGUUUUUUGAGAGAUCAGUUUACUGUACGAUCCAGUGGUGGUAAUUUACCUAAUGAAAUGGCCGAUACCAUUUUGAAUGAAGAUACUGAGACUGAAGUUGGUGAUUACGAAAAAUCUGUAAAUGAAAGCCAGUUACCUUUAGAAAACGAAAAUAUAUCGGCCACGACCCCCGGCGCGACUCUCACUAAGCCUAGCAAAGUGAGAAAUCAACAAAACGAUAAAGAUAUCGGCACGGCCCUUGUUAGAAUUGAGGAAACUAAAUUAAAAAUGUUACAAAAUCAGCAAGUAAGAACCGUCGAUGAAGAUUCAAACUUUUUUGAUAGCUUACUUCCUCAUGUUAGAACACUUCCACCGCGCAAAAAAAUGCUAUUGAGAAUGAAAAUGCAGGAGCUGGUCUACAAUUUCGUUUACGGAGGUGAAUCAAAUCCUUCGCAAAAUCAGUACCAAAACUCUUCAGAAGUUUUAUGCAGCACACCACAGGAGCCUAUGGCCUACCAUGUUACGGAGUUGCAAACUGUAUCCCAGGAAUAUUCAAAUCCCACCUCUGUUGCCUCCUAUCUAAGCAAUUUCUCCGAUGAAACUCUUCACUAG